AUGAAUGUCAAUGAGGAAAACCUGCUGAAGUCCAUUAGCAACGAUGCACUGCUGGACCUGACGCAGCGCUACGGCCAGUCCGCUUUCGGCUUUGGUCCUGGCCACGGUACUGGAACUCCGGCCCGUUUUCCGCUGACACCCGCUACAGACUUCAUCUCCGGACAGACCACCAAGUCCAACGAGAGCGGCGGGGAACACACGAGUGAUGAUGACGAUGCGUUUGACUCUCUGGAGUCCAGGAAGAGGGGUCCGUCUUUUGGGGACGACAAGCCCGGGGGCCCACUGGCCAAAAAGUCUAAAGAGCAGAGGUCCUUGCGACUCAGCAUCAACGCCAGAGAGAGGAGAAGGAUGCACGACCUGAAUGACGCACUGGACGGCCUGCGCGCGGUUAUCCCUUACGCACACAGCCCGUCUGUGAGAAAACUCUCCAAAAUAGCCACUCUUCUUUUGGCUAAGAACUAUAUUCUCAUGCAGGCGCAGGCUCUGGAGGAAAUGAGACGGCUUGUGGCGUAUCUGAACCAGGGCCAGACCAUCACGUCCCCAAUCCCCACCGCUUUGGCCCCCUUUGGACAAGCAGCCGUCUAUCCGUUCUCCAGCUCUGCGCUCGCCACCUGCGCCGAAAAGUGCUCGACUUAUUCCGGGACACCUUCAAGUCUCUUCAAACACUGUAACGACAAGCCUUGA